AUGCCUGUUCUUCUGUCGAUGCUACCGCCGCAAUUGAGCUCGGGGGGGGGACUCGCGGUGGGCGUGGGCGUGGCGAUCGGGGCCGUCGGGGCCACGGUGAUCAUGCGCCGGCCCCGCGGCUCGCCGCCGGACCUGCACUACGCCGCUGCGGAGCUCAAUCGCCGGCUGGUGGAGAGCAUGCCGUCCCUGCGGAAACCCUACCAGGCGCCGGCGCUCCUGCGCAACGGCCACGUCGAGACCAUCUGGGCGGCGUUCUUCCGCAAGGGGCUCGGCAUCGAGUACCGAAGGGAGGUGGUGAUCAUGAAGGACGGCGGCGCGGUGGCCCUGGACUGGCCCGUGGGCCUCCCGGAGCUGCCCGCGGACGCGCCGGUGGUGGUGCUGCUGCCGGGGCUGACGGGCGGCUCGCACGACACGUACGUGCAGCACGCGGUGGGCCGGCUGUGGCGCGCGGGCAUCCGGUCGGUGGUGUUCAACUCGCGCGGCACCUCGGACUCCCCCGUGACUACCCCCCAGUUCUACUCGGCGUCCUUCACGGGGGACACGCGCGAGGUGGUGGCGCACGUGGCGGCGGCGGUGCACCCGGACGCGCCGCUGAUGGCCGCGGGGUGGUCGCUCGGCGCCAACAUCCUCGUGCGGUACCUGGGCGAGGAGGGCGCGCGGACGCCGCUGACGGCUGCCGUGUCGAUGUGCAACCCGUUCGACCUGGUCGUCGCGGACCGGAACUUCAACCGCGGGUUCAACAACAUCUACAACUGGAACCUCGCGAAGGCGCUGCGGAAGAUCUUCAGAAAGCACGCCGCGCUGUUCACCGAGAUCGGGGGGGAGUACCAAGAGAUGCACGCGGCGUCGGCGAAGACGAUCCGGGACUUCGACGACGCGAUCACGCGCGUGUCGUUCGGGUGGCCGUCCGUCGACGCGUACUACGCGGGCAGCGGGUCGCACCUGGCCAUCCCUGACGUCAGCAUCCCGCUGCUGUGCAUCCAGGCGCGCGACGACCCCAUCGCGCCCGAGGAGGCCAUCCCGUACGACGCAAUCGACCGCAACCCGAACUGCGUCCUCGCGGUCACGCCGCACGGGGGGCACCUGGGGUGGGUGACCACGGAGGGGGGGCUCACGGGGGCGCCGUGGACGGACAACGCGGUGGCGGAGUACUUCAACGCCGUGCUGGGGGCCGUGCCGGCGAAGACGCGCGGAGGGGCGGCGGCGGAGGACGGAGAGGCGGCCGGGGCGCCGCUGUCGGGGCGGGGGGGUCUUGCGCAGUCGGACAGCGACGAGGUGCGGAAGAUCAUGGAGCUGCAGGGCCGGCUGGAGGCGCUGAGCAAGGAGAACUUCGCGCUGCGGGCCGAGGUGCUGGAGCUCAGCGGGGGGUCGGCAGCAGACGUUGCGCAGGCAGCAGCCUCGCGGGGGGGGUCGGGGUCUCGCGACACCUCCUGA